CUCUGCCUGGGCAGCAAUAGGAACCUGGACUCGAAGUCCCACAGCUCCCACUAGAGUCUGCCGCACAGGCUCAGAGCCCAUAUGCGAGGAGGGGGUGACUACAUUGUGUCUAUUGUAUGAUUUUUUUUUGUUUUGGUUUGGUUUCGUUAUUAUUUUUUUUUCCCCCUGGCAUUUUUCACGUUUCACGGGAGGUGCAAAUCGUGAGUAAAAAGCAUGGCAGAUGAGCAAGAAAUAAUGUGCAAACUCGAGAGCAUCAAGGAGAUCAGGAAUAAGACUUUACAGAUGGAAAAAAUAAAGGCAAGACUGAAAGCAGAAUUUGAAGCCCUGGAGUCUGAGGAAAGGCACCUGAAAGAAUAUAAGCAGGAAAUGGACCUGCUGCUGCAGGAAAAGAUGGCUCACGUGGAGGAGCUGCGACUGAUCCACGCUGACAUUAAUGUGAUGGAGAAUACUAUCAAACAGUCUGAGAAUGAUCUUAACAAGCUCUUGGAAUCUACUCGCCGGCUCCACGAGGAGUACAAGCCCCUAAAGGAGCACGUAGAUGCCUUGAGAAUGACUCUGGGCUUGCAGAGGCUGCCUGACCUAUGUGAAGAGGAAGAGAAGCUGUCCCUUGACUACUUUGAAAAGCAGAAAGCAGAGUGGCAGACAGAACCACAGGAGCCUCCCAUCCCAGAGUCUCUGGCUGCAGCUGCAGCAGCUGCCCAACAGCUGCAGGUGGCCAGGAAGCAAGAUACCAGACAGACAGCAACUUUCAGACAGCAGCCACCUCCAAUGAAGGCAUGUUUGUCGUGUCACCAACAAAUCCAUCGGAACGCCCCCAUAUGUCCCCUCUGCAAAGCAAAGAGCCGAUCUCGGAAUCCCAAAAAGCCCAAGAGGAAACAGGAUGAAUGAAAUCCAGAAGAUUGACAAGCUGUGUGACCUGUCCCAGUACUUUUCCAGUAGAAUGGCAAAUUUGCCCAGACUUGACUGAAUUGCAGACUCAAGUAUGACCGUCUCAUUGCUUCUAUUUAAAUGCAAUGUAAGCACAAUGUUCCUGCUCUAAGUUCCUUCCAGUCUAUAGGAUUUGGUUUUAGGAAAGUAAAUAUUACUGGUGCUACAGUUUAACAUUUCAAUUGUUCCAUCUUUUGUACUCCUAAACAAACUGCAAUUCUUUGUGCAAGUAUCCUAAAUGUCAGGCUAUUUCUAUUGAUCAAAUGUGAUUACCACAAAAUGCUUUUAUGUUCUCUUUUUAAAAAACAGAUGUUACUAAAAGAUUAUUCUGUUUUCUCCUGAUAGCAGGAGACUAUUUGAAGUGCUGAAAUAGCAGACUGUCUGUUCAUUUCACUAAAGAACAAUUUGUUUUCCAAUCUCAUAAGAGUGGGUAGGUUUGGGUAUCCAAUGGAACUCUUUUUAAACAGGCAAUGUUCAGGGAAAAUGAGACUUGUUAUACAGAAAAUCAAUGCAUUAAGGACACAUAUGGGUUUUGAUUUACUAAAACUUGAUUUAAAACUUGGAAAGGUGCUGGCUGUGUAUGAAUUUCUAAAAAUUAUGUAUUUUGUCAUGCUUUAACGUCCUAACAGGUUAUUAUUUUCAUGGUCAAAAGACUAAUUGACUUAAGAACAAGGCUGAAGUGAACUGUAUUAGUGGUCCUCCUAGGCUUUAUGGCUGGCCAAUGACACUGUGGUUCUCUAGGAAACAUGCAUGAUAUAUCCCAGAGCCCUAUGUGCACAGACUGCACAUCAGCCAUUCUGCAUGUCCUCUGUUCCUGGUUUCUACAGCCAAAAUCUUGCAGGCAUAUCCUCCACUGGAGCAUAGGAAAGUUCAGGAACAUGCAUAAAGAGCAGUGUCAACUAAAAAUGAUGUAUUUCACCAGAACCAUUGAGCUUUGGUGUCAUUGUCCUCCCUCAACCAAAACUUUCUAUUUCUCUGGCUUUUAAUAGGCAAUUUUCAAAUAAGCUUUACUUCAGGCCAGUUUGUUUUCUUGUUCCCUGUGUGCCAAAAGAGCCCUGACUAAAGCAUCUGGAGUAGAUCACUUCCCGUAUGUCUUCCCUUUGUUUCAUGUAAUGUAACAACAGUUCUUGCAAUGGGGAGGAUGGCAGUGAUCCACUUACAGAACUGGAAUUGAAAUUUAUCAUUUAUAAUCCCAGUUUUGUGACCAACCUUUGUUGCCUAAAUUGAUCUCAAGUGUUAAAUAUUCUUUUCACUAACUCUGGGACACAGGAACUGCUUGUUUACACUCCUUUCUCUUUUAGCCCAAGUUUCUUUCCACUAUUAUGUUAGAGUGGUGAUGUUGGGAAUUUGGCUUGUUAGAUGGGAACAACAGGGAAGCUCCAAGUCUCUGCUCCAAGAACUUUGCCAAAUGCUGGCAAUAGUAAUAAAUCCACAUGAUGCAAUUUUGCUGGCCAAAUCACAUAUAUCACCAUUCCUUUCCUAAGUCUGCCACAAAGUACAUGAGUGAUUUACUGAACAUAGUCCUAAAACUGAAGCCAGGUUCAGGAGAUAGUCCCCCAUUUUAAUGUUACAUAGUCAAAUUAACAUCUGCCAACAGCAGACAGAAUGUGGACCACCUGCCCCUGAAAUUAUGUAAAGAGCAGAUUCUGCUAGCUGAACUACAGGGAUUUGGUCUCUGAGAUAGCAAUAAUAGAAGACAGUCUCCAUGCUCCAAAUGCAAUAGUGUGUUAUGCAUGUUUUGUAGCACAAAUUCUGGGUUCUACUGUUUUAAAUGUCACAGUGGUCACAUGCUGUGUGCCCUGUUCAGAGCAAUUCCUAUGGAGUUGAAAGGAAACUGCACAGAGUUAAAACACAGUAUGUGGACUUCCCCAAGUGCAUACAUGAGAGCAGCAUACUUUGAUGGUAGUUGUACAUAAAUUUAAGAAGUAGUGACAGUGGAGUGGGCGAAUGGUCUGCAAUGAAGUAGUGUGAAUAGAAGGAUUGAUUUGUAGAGACUUCUACUUACAGUUCAGAAAUAGAUAGGGUUAGUCAUAGUUGUUCUCACUUUACUGUUACUUUGCCAGGUUCUUUCUUUCCUGGGAGAUCUCUAAACUGAAAUAUACUGAAGGAUAUACAAUUUACUGAUUUAGUACAACAGUUUUGUAUUUUUACUUUUUUAAACUAAUCUCAUGUGCUCUUGUGUUUUACAGGGUUAGGGUUUGUUGGUUUGAUUUUUUUUCAAAAAAAGUGGAUAUGACAUACUGUGUUUGCAUCAGUUGUACUAGUGUUUACAGAUUUUCACAUCCUUUACGAAGUUCUGCCAUAUCAAUAGGAUGCAUUGCUGAGGGUGAGUGUAACUGGAGAUAAGUCAGCAGGGUGCCCUGGCUGCCAAAAGGGCCAACCACAACCUGGGGUACAUCAAGCACAGCAUUUCCAGCUGAUUGUCUCACUCUGCACUGCACUGGUGAGGCCUUGGGCACUGUGGGGCAGUUGGGGAUGCCUCAGUGCAAGGAUAUCACACUGUUACAGUCCUGGAGUCACCUGUGAGACAAAGUCUGCAAAAGGUCUCAAGGACAAGACCUCUGAGGAGCAGCUGAGGAUGCUUGGCUUGUUCAGUUUGGAGAAAAGAAGGCUGAAGGGUGUCUUCAUCACAGCCUACAACUUCCUCUAGGGAGAAGCAGAGGAGGAGCAGGUGCUGAUCUCCCUCUGAUGACCAGCAACAGGAUAUGAGGAAAUAGAGUGAAGCUGCAUUGAGGGAAGCUCAGCUUGGACACCAGGAAAAGGUUCUUCUCUGAGAGAGUGGUUGGUCACUAGUCCAGUGACCCAGGGAAGUGGCCAAGGCACCAAGCCUGUCAGGGUUUGAGGGUCACUCUUAGCCAUACAGUUUAAUGGUAGGUAGUUGGACCUGAUGAUCCUUAUGGAUCCCUUCAUACUUGAGAUAUUCCAUGACUCUAGCCAUUUCAAGGAGAUAAAAUAUGCAUUAUGUAUUGGGGGACCAUGGGGGUGGGGACAGGGAGGGAAGCAGUGUCUUUUAUAGGGAAAGAGUAUUCUUUUCUCUCACAGAAUAAUCACGGAAGUUUAACUGAAGAACUCUUCUCGUGACAGCCCCAGGCUCUUUUCUCCCAGGCAACUCUCUCAAGAGACUGGAGGAAUAAUUAUGAAAUAUUGAUUUCUUGGUAUUCAGACAGAAGAGGAAGCUGUCUGAAGUACAGCUCUUAACACAAGUCUACUGCAUUUUUGCUUCAUGGAGCAACAAUGGCUUCUUCGUUUGUAUCUGAAGUCUUUGUGGAUACUUCUUCACUUCACUUAAAUUUAUUCUUAUUUGGGUCAAAUUGUCUGAGUAGCCACAAUGAAACCCUCCUCAAGCCUUAGGAGGCUUUUAUAUUACUGAAGUCUGGUUUAAUCCUGUCUUUGUCGUUCUCUUUUUAAAAGGGUAUCCAUGUAACAACAAAAUAACUGGAUUCUCUUGGUAAAGAUGGUUUCCAGGGUCUUUGUUCAUCACUUGCCUCAAAGAAUAGUCCUGUUGUUCUGCAACCAAACAGGAAAAAACCAAAAUCCCAAGCCUUUCACCCUGCCAUCAAACCUAAGCUCAUAAGUAAAAGGAUUCAAACACUGUACUGCAGCUAAAUGCUUUGCUAUAGACAUUUUCAUACCCAACCUGGGGUGGAUCAAUUGUCCAAACUUUAGUGCCAUGGACACCAUUAACUACAGAGAAAAUGUAAGGCAAAUUUAAAUACUUGACUUCCUGAAUUCAACCUUAGCUUUGUAAACAGGACCCUGACUGAAGCUGACAGUGGCUUCAAUUUACAUAAUCUAAAUUUGAAAGAAUAGACAUUGAUGUGUUACUUUAAAUAGCAUACUAUUCAAGCAAUUAAGACUUCACUAGCACUUUAAAUAAAUAAAAAGUGCUUUAUUCAUUUAUUUUAGAGUUUUCUAAUUCCUCCAGCAUACAUUUUCAUUUUAGUAUUUAGGUAUUCUAGCAAUAUCUGGUGUUUUCACUGGCUUCUGUGUUUUAAGUAUUUUACUCCUGUGCCUCACAGGAGUUGUGAGAUCUGUUUAAUUUGUCUGUACAGUCUUUUAAAUAAAUGUUUGUUUCAUGUCAUGCUUUCUUUCUUCAGAGUACUUUUACAUCUUUUAUUUGCUUAUGCUACUUAGAAGACCCAGUGGUAAAACUCAGCUUUCUGAUUUUACAGAAUGAACUUAGCCAAUUCUGUUAUACCUUUAUAGAAACUUUAUGAAAAUAAAUAAGGGGAAAGAAAGAUCCCCUCAAACGAGCUUUAGAAAAUAGAAAGGAAAAGGAGAUAGCACAACAGGUUUUAACUUAGCCAGACUUCUCAGUUCUUUCCUUCUAAAGUUAAAUUUGAGAGUGGCAAGAAACACAAUUCCUUCUCCAAUUUAAUUAUUUUUGUAGCUGUUUGUUUUGUUUAGCAAUAGAAAUUUUUCAGACUUUGAAGCAACCUGCUCUAAUUUCUGUUCAUCCUGGUGCUUUUUUCAAUUCCUUAAUCCUAAUCUCAGUUGUAACAUUACUUACAACAGUAGUCACAAGGCUAAUACACAUUCAUACCUUCUUAAGAACCCUGAAAUAUUCCUUGUAACUAACAUCAGCUUCCAUCACAUUUUCCUGAGCUUAGCAAGAUUCUGCCAUAAAAUGAGCUUCAAACCCCUGGAUCUUCCUAAAUCUAAUAUUAAAGUGUAGCAUUAAAAAUAAUCUAAUAUAUUUCAAGGGGAAAAAAAAAACAACACACACACACACACAAAAUUAAGCACCAAAGCUUGACCCACCCUUAGAAACACUUAAAAAUUAUUAUUGUGCUGUUCAGGCUUUACUCCAACAAGCCUUACUCUUAACUUCUCCUCUUCACUCUAUUCAGGUGAAGUGGUUUAGUGGUGAGCUUAGCAGUGCUGGGUUAAUGGUUGGAUUUGGAUGAUCUCAAAGCUCUUUUUCCAGCCUAAAUUAUUCUAAGGUUCUUUAUCUGUCCUGCUCCCUUUCCCCCCUCAUUUGCUGUUCCUCUCUCCUUUUUCUUGUCCCUGUAUUUUCUGUUUGUCUCUGUCCCAUUCCCAGCCUUGUGUUUUCCCUGUACAACCCUGCCACCAUGCUGGUUUCCUCUUCCUCUUCCUCUUCCUCCUGCCCUUCCCUCACCACAGGCUCGCUCCUGGUGGUCUCCACCUCUGUCCAGCAGAGAUGUUCCAGGCUGAGGGAAGGAACUGCUGCUCCACAAACAACCCUGGAGCUGUCCCGUGGGCAGGACCCCCAGCUGAAGGAACCUGCUGAAGGAACUUGUCACAAGCAUGACAGAAUAAACCCUCAUCUGUGGUAUUCACAUUCUCUGAACAGAGAGAGACUUGAUUCUCUCUCCCAGGAUUUUUCCUGGGAAGUUGUGAGACGCAGUGAGAAAGCUCAGAGAAAGAAGAAAGCAAUUCUUAUCUCUAUUCACAACACCUGUUUUUUAGCACAUGUGGAAUGUGUUAUGGCGAUUAUUUACCAAAGAGUGAUUUGUUAAUUGGACACUGAUGAAGGUGGGUCAAAGCUGUGUCGUCAGGAGACAGUCACAGGGUUUUCUUUAGUAUGAUAUAGUUUUUAGUAUGAUAUAGUUCUAGUAUAGUAUUAAUGUAAUAUAAUUUAGCUUAAUAAAAACAAUUUAUUCAACCCUCUGCA